AUGGCGUAUGGCAAGUCUUGUCAUCUACCAGUGGAAAUGGAAUAUAAAGCAUAUUGGGCAUUGAAAUUUUUGAACUUUGAUGAAACCGCAUCCAGAGAACAAAGGAGGCUGCAACUCUUGGAAUUGGAAGAAAGGAGAUUAAAUGCUUACAAAUCUUCAAAGUUGUAUAAAGAAAAGGUUAAAAAGUAUCAUGACAAAAAGUUACUCAAGAAGGACUUCCAACCAGGGCAACAAGUGUUACUGUUCAACUCAAGACUUAAAUUGUUCCCAGGGAAGCUUAAAUCUAAAUGGUCUGGACCAUUUACCAUCAAGAAAGUCCGACCAUAUAGAGCAGUGGUGCUUUGUGAUCCUCAAUCUAAAGACCCUAAUAGGACGUGGGUAGUGAACGGACAGAGGUUAAAGCAAUAUCAUGGUGGAGCAAUAGAAAGAUUGAACAUUGUUCUAUGCUUGGAUCCUGGAUAA